CGAGGAGACGCCGAGCGGGCCGAGUGCGGCCGAGCAAAGCCGGAGCCGGAGCCGGAGCGGGGCCGCAGGAGCCAGGCCGGGUCCGGACGGGCCGAGAUGCCCUAUAAACUGAAGAAGGAGAAGUCUGCUGCGCACAGCUGAACCAGACCCUCCACAAUGGCCGGGUCCCCAGUGCCGAGCACUCCACACAGGCCUGUUAGCUGAUGGAAGGUCCCUGUAAGUGAGCUGCGGGCCAUCCAUGGCACACAGAGGAAUUGAGCCCCCCAAGAUUGCCAAAGGCACGGCCAAGUCCAGCAGCUCGGGCAAGGAUGGCGGCGGCGAGAGUGCUGAGGAGGCCCAGCCGCAGCCGCAGCCGCCACCCCAGCCGCAGCCCCAGUCUCAGCCACCGGCAUCCAACAAGCGUCCCAGCAACAGCACGCCACCCCCCACGCAGCUCAGCAAAAUCAAGUACUCAGGGGGCCCCCAGAUUGUCAAGAAGGAGCGACGGCAAAGCUCCUCCCGCUUCAAUCUCAGCAAGAACCGGGAGCUGCAGAAGCUUCCUGCCCUGAAAGAUUCGCCAACCCAGGAGCGGGAGGAGCUGUUUAUCCAGAAGCUACGCCAGUGCUGCGUCCUCUUCGACUUUGUGUCAGACCCGCUCAGCGACCUCAAGUUCAAGGAGGUGAAGCGGGCAGGACUCAACGAGAUGGUGGAGUACAUCACCCAUAGCCGCGACGUCGUCACCGAGGCCAUUUACCCAGAGGCUGUCACCAUGUUUUCAGUGAACCUCUUCCGGACACUGCCACCCUCAUCCAAUCCCACCGGGGCCGAGUUUGACCCAGAGGAAGACGAGCCCACCCUGGAAGCCGCCUGGCCACAUCUCCAGCUGGUGUACGAGUUUUUCCUACGUUUCCUUGAGUCUCCUGACUUCCAGCCAAACAUAGCCAAGAAGUACAUUGACCAGAAGUUUGUCCUCGCUCUCCUCGACCUGUUUGACAGUGAGGAUCCUCGAGAGCGGGACUUCCUCAAGACCAUCUUGCAUCGAAUCUAUGGCAAGUUUUUGGGGCUCCGGGCUUAUAUCCGUAGGCAGAUCAACCACAUCUUCUACAGGUUCAUCUAUGAGACGGAGCAUCACAACGGGAUUGCCGAGCUCCUGGAGAUCCUGGGCAGCAUCAUCAACGGCUUUGCCUUGCCCCUUAAGGAAGAGCACAAGAUGUUCCUUAUCCGUGUCCUGCUUCCCCUUCACAAGGUCAAGUCCCUGAGUGUCUACCACCCUCAGCUGGCAUACUGUGUGGUGCAGUUCCUGGAGAAGGAGAGCAGCCUCACUGAGCCGGUGAUUGUGGGGCUUCUCAAGUUCUGGCCGAAGACCCACAGCCCCAAGGAGGUGAUGUUCCUGAACGAGCUGGAGGAGAUUCUGGAUGUCAUCGAACCUUCAGAGUUCAGCAAAGUCAUGGACCCACUCUUCCGCCAGCUUGCCAAGUGUGUCUCCAGCCCCCAUUUCCAGGUGGCAGAGCGAGCUCUCUAUUACUGGAACAACGAGUACAUCAUGAGCCUCAUCAGUGACAACGCUGCCCGGGUCCUCCCCAUCAUGUUCCCUGCGCUCUACAGGAACUCCAAGAGCCACUGGAACAAGACAAUCCAUGGACUGAUCUACAAUGCCCUGAAGCUGUUUAUGGAGAUGAAUCAGAAGCUGUUUGAUGACUGCACACAACAAUACAAGGCGGAGAAGCAGAAGGGCCGGUUCCGAAUGAAGGAAAGAGAAGAGAUGUGGCAAAAGAUCGAGGAGCUGGCCCGACUUAAUCCCCAGUAUCCCAUGUUCCGAGCUCCACCACCGCUGCCCCCUGUGUACUCGAUGGAGACGGAGACCCCCACGGCAGAGGACAUCCAGCUUCUGAAGAGGACCGUGGAGACGGAGGCCGUGCAGAUGCUAAAGGAUAUCAAGAAAGAAAAAGUGCUGCUUCGGAGGAAGUCAGAGCUGCCCCAGGACGUGUACACCAUGAAGGCGCUAGAGGCUCACAAGCGGGCGGAAGAGUUCUUAACUGCCAGCCAGGAGGCUCUCUGACGCCCCGAGUUUCCUCCACGGGGCCACAGCCCACUCAGCCCUGGGACGCUGCCCUAGCCCUCCACCCUUUGCUCCCCACUGGCUGACAUGGGGCAAGGCAGUGCCUCUUUAGCUAUUCUAGGGAGGGUGAUGCAGCACUUGAAGCAGGGAUGCCCACAGAGUGGUCCCUCUUCUCCCCAAAAUGUGUUGGUGCCUCCUGGUGGCCAGUACAGACAGGCUGAGCACUAAGAUGCUCAGUGUUCAGACAACUGGGGACGCCUGUACCCUCCUGCUCCUAACCCCACAGCUACCUGAGGCUGCUCUGAGAAAUACACACAGGAACACAUAGGCUCCUCUCCCUUCCCUUCAUCUUCAUUUGAACGCCAGGGGUCUCCUCCUCUCCCUCCCCUGCAGAGGCACACGGGGAGCAGCAGGAGGUUAUUCUCACCAAAGUUAUGCCAAGCCCCACUGGCCCCUGAAGUCAAUAGCUGGAGGGGCGCCAACCCCCAGCAGCACAAAGAGGCCCCCAGCCCCAGCAGUGUGCAGGCUGAGGGGGCCGUAUUAUUUCCUCUUACCCCUUGCCCGACCAAGACCAUGUGGGAGGUCAAAAAGAGAACCACAUAAGCUAUGGACAUCAGGUAAUGAAUAAAGGGCCCAGAUGGAUCAAGAGAAAGGGAUGAACAAACACCCUACCUGUGCCCCCUCCUUGGGGAGCAGCAGCCCUGGGAUCACAAACAUGGAAGGGACCACCUGGGGCUGACUGCUUUCCUGUGCUGUUGGUUCCCAAAGCCAAGAGGAAGGAGACAGGGAGCAGUGUCUAAGCACGGCUCCCUCCAACAUCUAUUUAUUUUCCUUGUUUGUGCUAAUGCUGGGCAGGCCCUCGCUUGUCCCUUUCAGGCACCAUGGAGAGGCAAGAGGCUUAGGAGAGCCAGACCCGGGUCCCAGGGGCACAGGCAGUGCAGCUUUGGGCUGUGUACAUAGGGUGCUUUAUUCUCCAGAGUGAUACAUGCUAUGGUGGGUUGGGCUUGGGCCGAUGUCCCCAUAUGUACAGACUGAAUAAAGUGGGUCUCUGAGAA